CCCCGGGUACUUUUACACCUUUAACCGUGCCACCAACAUCACCAGCGCACAGGAAACAGCCUACAAGGAACCAAAUAAUGGGCAAACAGCAGCCGGGUUACAAGAACGAGCCUCUAGAUCCGCCACCACCAUAUUCGCUUGAAGAUGGUGCAAGCAGCGGGUACUCGUCGCCGUCGAGUAGGCCGCCAGCAAGACCACCGGCAAGACCUCCAGCCGAGCCUUAUCAAGCGAGUUCAUCUUAUGGCACACAGCAGCAACAGCAACAGCAACAGCAACGGCCACCGAGACCCUCAGGGCCCAAGCUUCCCUGGACGUAUCCCGAGGGGUACUGGUGUGUGAAGUGCCACAACACAGGCUAUAAAGUGAAGAAUGGCAAGUCGUGUAAGAAGUGCUGGGAGAGGUUUGCACAUCAACCGAGUGUUAUCAAUACGACGGGAUACGUGGACCCUGGGAUGAGGAUUCCGUUUACGAACUAUAGGCCGGUGGCACCAAGGUAUGUGAGGCCGGGAGACCCGUCGAUAGGAGGAUACCUGUGUGGAAGGUGUCGUGGCACGGGGAGGGUCUCCGUGAUGCUUAUAGAUGAGGAUCUAUGCCCUGUGUGCCGUGGUGUGGGACGUGUAUUCAGCUAA